AUGUCGUUACAGUCCGGUGCCAGCUCGAGCCGGGCGGCUCUUGCCCCCGGUGGCGCUUCCUCGUCGCGUCUCCAGCAACGCCGUCCUUCGCGAUCCUCAAACACCGACGCUUCCGAGGCAAACGACUUUCGAGCACGCAUGGCGUCGACACCGCAGUACGCUUCAAACCAAGCCAUCGUUGAGGACGACGAAGAUGGGCAGGAGCACUACCGGAGCAAACACAGCGACAGCAAAGGAUCGAGCGACGACGAGAACCCGCCCACGCCCCCCAUCCUCACUGCAUCGUACCCACCUUCUCAGCGUCGUCCGUCCACUUCGUCAGCUGGCGACACAGUUGCGCUUGAUCUACCGCCAAUAGACCGAGGUCCAGCAGCGUGGCGCUUCGUGAUAUGCGGCUUUGUCAUCUGGUCGAUGGUGUGGGGCAUCGCCUAUUCGUACGGAAGCUUCCAGGACUACCACGAGCACAAUCCGGAAUCCCCAUUCUACGGCAACAGCGUCACCAGCAUCUCGGCCGUCGGCACUCUCGUCAUUGGCUGUCAGCACUUUGUGCCUCUGCUGCUCCGAGGCUUCACCACGACGUAUGCACACCUGCAUCGCAAGAUGGUGAUGGUGAGCCUGGUGCUCAGUGCGCUCUCCAUCCUGAUCGCUUCCUUCUCGACCAACAUUGCUAUGCUGAUCGCGUUCCAAGGCGUGUUCUUCGGCAUCACCAGCGGCGUUCUUCUGACACCUGUCGUGCUGUAUCUCGGACAGUGGUUCGAUAAGAAGAGGGGCUUUGCGACGAGUGCCAUCUUCAUGGGUUCAGGUGUUGGCGGCGUGGUGUUCCCCCUCGCAUUGAACGCUCUGCUGACGUCGGUUGGCUUUGCCUGGACCAUGCGCGUCUGGGCGCUCGCUCAGCUGCUGCUCAACGGGACAGCGCUGUACCUUGUCAAGCCACGGAUCGAACCCUCGCAGUCUCACAAAGGGCUGCCGUCGUCGAGAAAGGAGCUGCUUCGCGUGCUGCUGCCUGGCGAUUUGCGACCCCUGCUGAGCCCAAUCGCUAUCAUCUACUUCGUGGUCAUCAUGCUCCAAGCAUUCGGUUGGUACAUUGUCUCGCUGUACAUCGCGACGUACGCCACUGCUCUGGGGUUCAAUUCGACGAUCUCGACUGGGAUCCUAUCCGCAUUCAACGCCUCGGCGAUCAUCGGGUACCUCGUCACCGGUCCGGCUAUCGACCGACUCUCUUUCACCCUGGCAAUGUCCGUCUCCUGCGGUCUGUGCUCCAUCUUGGCCCUUCUGCUGUUCGGCUUCGCAACAUCGCUCCCGCUGGUCCUCGUGUUCGUCCUCACCUUUGGCGCGGUAGGCGGCGGCUUUGGAUGCUUCAUCACGCCUAUCGCGCGCGAUGUGGCGGAGAGCACGCGGUCGGACAAUGCGCUUCAGUUCUUGUGUUGGAUGUUUAUUAGGGGCAUUGCGGCGGUGGCAGGACCGCUGAUCGGGUCCGCGCUGUACAGGCCGGAUGUUGUUACGAGGGACGUGAAGGGUGAGUAUGGGAUCAAUGGGUUUAGGGGACUGAUUGUGUUUGUGGGCGUGUCAAUGGGCUUGGCUAGUGCUGCUGCUUUGGGAGGGUGGUGGUGGCGAAGACGAGGGUGA